CCCGUAGAAGAAGAGCUGCAGCCUCUCAGCAUCAGCACCACCUCCUCCUCCAGCAGCAGCAGCCUCAUCCAUCCUCUCUCUGAUCUCACUGCGGAACAUCGGCCCCGUCCUCCUCCGUCCUCCUCCGUCCUCCUCAUCACUCCGCUCGCCAUGGACAACUCCGGCAAAGAGAAGGAGGCCAUGCAGCUGAUGGCUGAAGCCGACAAGAAGGUCAAGGCGUCCGGAUCCUUCCUCGGAGGAAUGUUCGGGGGAAACCAUAAGGUGGAGGACGCCUGUGAAAUGUAUGCCAGAGCAGCCAACAUGUUUAAGAUGGCAAAGAACUGGAGUGCUGCAGGGAACGCCUUCUGUCAGGCCGCUCGGCUCCACAUGCAGCUGCAGAACAAACUGGACUCCGCCACCAGCUUCGUCGACGCCGGCAACGCCUACAAGAAGGCCGACCCACAGGAGGCCAUCAACUGUCUAAAUCAGGCCAUCGACAUCUACACUGACAUGGGUCGGUUUACCAUCGCAGCCAAACAUCACAUCACUAUAGCAGAGGUCUACGAGUCCGAGCUGGUCGACAUCGAGAAGGCCAUCGCCCACUACGAGCAGGCAGCAGACUACUACAAGGGAGAAGAAUCAAACAGCUCGGCCAACAAAUGUCUCCUGAAGGUCGGACACUACAGCGCUCAGCUGGAGCAGUACCAGAAAGCUAUUGAAAUCUAUGAGCAGGUCGCGAUGAGCACCAUGGACAAUCCUCUGCUGAAGUAUAACGCUAAAGAGUAUUUCUUCAAGGCUUCACUGUGUCACUUCAUAGUGGACGAACUGAACGCCAAGUUGGCCAUAGAGAAGUAUGAGGAGAUGUUUCCCGCCUUCUCAGACUCCAGAGAGCUCAAACUGUUAAAGAAACUCCUAGAAGCCCACGAGGAGCAGAACAGUGAGGCGUUCACGGAGGCCGUCAAGGAGUUCGACUCGGUGUCCCGUCUGGACCAGUGGCUGACCACGAUGCUGCUGCGCAUCAAAAAGACCAUCCAGGGAGACGCCGGAGACCUGAAAUAGACAAACCUGGAGGGUGGAGGUGGAGGUGGUGGAGGAGAAAGAAGGGCAGGGGGUGUGUAUACGGGAGGGUGGGACUGACGGAGUUUACAGUUGUACAUAUCAGUCUGCAUGUGACCCCCAACUAGCUAAGCAUCACCUUUAAUCCACCUUUAGACGACCCCGUGUCCCCGUGACAGUAUUUCUCUCGUAACACUGGACUGACUGGAAAUGAAAGGUGUGAGUGUGUGUGUGUGUGUGUGUGUGUGUGUGUGUGUGUGUGUCCACUGCAGUAAGUUAAUAUUUGAUGGGAAAGUAUGCAGAUGUUAUUAAAAAAAGGAUAUUUAUGAGAUUAUGAAUAUUUAUUGUCGAUACUGAAGACAUAAUUUAUUGUUUAUUCUGGUGCUCAGUGUUACGAUUCGUCUUAAUAUUUUAGGUAUUAGCCCCUCUCUCAUCUGUUCCUCCCUCCUCUGUCUCCCCUCACAGUCAGUCAGUCGGUAAAUAUCACCCGUCGUGAUUGGUCGGUUCUCUUUGUGUUCUGGUCGAACGUUCUGGUUGGUCGGUGCAGUCAGCCCGUCGCCACCGCCGGCGCUCGCCCCCGUCCCCGCCUCGUUUGUGCAUGUCUGUUGUCAUGUUGAUGUAAGUGUUCUACGUGUCGUGCUAACGUGUGAAGACCACAACAUGUAGCCUGGUGUCAUGUGUGUGAAAUCGGUAAAUAUGUACCUCAAGAUGCCGAGCUGAAAUAAAAACAUCAUCGCUCCAGA